AUUCCUUUUUGCACAGGUCGUGGUUUUUCAGUCCAAGUGAUCAAUGCAAAAGAAAAAUAUUACAGCCGAUGCUCGAAGCUGAUGCUACCGUAGUUAUUCUAAGUAUGUAAUAGAUUCAAAGACUGGCAGGUCGAUGAAAAAUAUUGGAAUCGAGGCCCGCUUAUCCAAGAGUGCGUCGCCGUCGUCGUCCAACCCGCAAACUCGAUUCGAAUCAACCAACCACCACCACCUCGUCAUAAGACCCAGCGGAGACAGGAAGGCCAAGAUAAAGAAAGCGAGAUGGGAACACGAGGACACUGUUAUAACUUGAAAAUAGAUAACUUGUUAUGGCAAGGAUCUGCAAGGCAAGGGUGGGCGGGGCGGGGGUAUAAAACAAAGAAGGUCGUCAAAUAGGCAUUUAUCGUACGGUUUUUAAUAAGAAAUUUGUGGGUCAGAACGUUUCCUUCAUCAUCA